UGACAAUCCAACGAUAUAAGUUUAGAUUUAGUGGAAGUAUUGAUGAUUGAAAUGUAAAAACAAUGAAUUUUUAAUUAAUCUGGUGGUAAAACCAUUAGUUUAACAAAUAAAUAAUAACGACAUCGAGUUAAGCUGCAUACUCUUAUAAAUAAAAAUAAUUACUUUACAAUUUACUGCCGACAAGUUGUCAAUCUGUCAAAGUAUUUGUUUUAUGUGUAAAUUAUUUUCAUAUUGUUUUUAACUAAAAUUUUCAAUGAACGGUGAAAAGAGAAAUGCUCGUGGAAGAGGCCGGGGUCGUGGCCGUGGGAGAGGACGAGGUAGAGGGCGAGGUAGAGGUAAAAAAGUACCAAAAGUGAUGUCGUCUGAUGAAGAAGAAUGCUCAGUGGAGGAAACUACUCAAGACACAGAAGACACUGUGCCUGAAGAAAUUAAAGAAGAACCUGAGUCAGCUGAACCUGUCAAGUUGGAAGUUCCCUCAGAUAUAUCUCAAUUAGAAGCACCUGUAUUUACAACACUUCAACGAGGACCCCCUGAGCCAAUGCUAAGACUAGAUUGGAGUCACAGAGCCACACUCAUUGGAGAGAAAGUCCUCAAUCCUAUGAUAUAUUGUUGUGAUAUUUGCUCAAAACCUAUCCUUAUUUAUGGAAGAAUGAUACCAUGUAAGCAUGUUUUCUGCUUAUCAUGCGCUAGAUCGGAACAUACACACUGUCCACGUUGCAGAGAAAAGGUACUAAGAGUGGAGCAAACAGGACUCGGCACUGUUUUUAUGUGCACUCAUUCAGGAACAAGAUAUGGCAAUACCGGCUGCAGGAGAACUUAUUUGUCACAAAGAGAUCUUCAGGCUCAUAUAAAUCACAGGCAUGUUUCGUCAGGUGGUACUGAAACCAAGCAGGAACCAGAGCCUCCACCACCGUCUGUUGCAAUUGUCAAACCACUGUCGGUAUCCGGAGGCAGUGGUGAUCCUCGUGCACAUUCUCUGGCUCACGCAACAGCUGAGCGACCUCGUGGAGCGCGCACUAAUCUCAUAACCGUGCCCAUACAUGACCAACCCGAGUCACACAACUACUAUAAUUAUUAUCAGCAGAGCCCACAGCCGGUGCCACCGCCCGCGCUGCCGGCCUCGUCGGUGGCGGUGCUGCCGCACGCGCACGCGCACGCUUUGUCCGUGCCGCCGCCCUACUACCCCGCCGCGCCUUACUCCGCGCCGCCCUCGCCCUACGUGCAACCCGGUGGUUCUAUGUCAACAAAUGUAGCAGGUGUCUCACCCAUGUCGACUGCCGUUCCUAUAGCACCCGUCAAUCCAAUGCCAGAGACGAGUCGUUGGCCUGAAGCUGGCUACCAACAGUCUAAUGUCCCUGUACAACAGUGGCCACCGCAAAAUCAACAUCACUACUACAGGUAGCACCUGUACUUUCGACGAUAGUGGAAGAACUCUAUGAGUUGAAAAUGAAAAACAUUGAUCCUUUGAAAUAAAGUUAAAUUUUACAAUAAGUGAUGUAAAUGUACUCAGUGAAAUUUGAUACUCUCUCAAAGUUUUAUCUCGGUAAUAUUCAAGUUAUAGUUGAAAUAUUUUUUAUUGUGUUAUUAUUUGAAAGUGUUCUCUUAUAAAACAUAUGUUUUAAAUAAUUGAUGUU